AUGCGUCCUCUUACUCAAGAAGAAACUAAGGUCUUGUAUGCGAAAUUGACAAAAUACAUCGGCUCGAAUGUGGAGCAACUUGUGAACCAGCAGGAUGAUCCCCAUUGCUUUCGUCUCCAUAAAGACCGUGUUUACUAUAUCAGUGAGAAAUUGCUCCGAGUCGCUGUAAAUGUGUCUCGAGAUAACUUAAUGAGCAUCGGAACGAAGUUUGGCCGGUUCAAUAAGAAUCACAAGUUCCGCCUUCAUAUCACCGCCCUCGAUUUUCUAGCACAGUAUGCCCAGUACAAAGUGUGGGUGAAGCCAAGUGCCGAGAUGUCGUUCCUGUACGGCAACCACAUUACGAAAGGAGGUCUGGCGCGUAUUUCGGAGGGUUGUCCCCAAUACGCCGGUGUGGUGGUUUUCAACAUGAACAACGUGCCGCUUGGAUUCGGAAUCACCGCGCAGACGACGGACGUGAUUCGCGAUCUCGAUGCUGCUAGUAUUUGCAUUCUGCAUCAGUCCGAUGUGGGAGAGUACUUGCGUGAUGAGACGAUCCUGGCUUGAGUUUUGUGCGUGCGUUCGUUCGUUUGCUCGCUCAUCCAUUCGUUUAUUACUAUUAUUAUUUAUUCUUACGCUUACUAUCAUCGUUAUUCUCUGAAGAAGAAUAGACAAUU